UUGAAGCCGUCUUCUUCGAGCAAUCCUUAGAAAACGAAUACUGUGCAAUAGAAAACCCCCUAAUCAAUUCAAACUCUAUUUACUUUCUCUCUGUACUUCGUAACAAAAUGCCGUCCGCGAAACCCUUCGCGACAGCCGCAGGCAUGCUCCGGGCCCGUCUCUGUUCGGGCCUCCGAACAAGAGGAGGACACGGCCCGAACCCGUUCACUACUCCGGGCCACCAAGAACGGCCCAACGGCUACCUCUUCAACCGCCCACCACCUCCACCUGGUCAGUCAAGGAAAUGGGAGGAUUGGGAACUCCCUUGCUACGUCACCAGCUUUCUCACUAUCGUCAUCCUCGGUGUGGGCCUCAACGCCAAGCCCGAUCUCACCCUCGAAACUUGGGCCCAUCAAGAAGCCCUCAAACGACUCGAGCUUGAAUCUGCUGAUGCUGAGUGAUCUCUCUCGAUCUAUAUCCGUGUUGGUAUGAUUGUUAAAGCCGGCCCCUUUUUGGGGUUUUCUAAAUUAGGUUUUCGAAAGAAGGAUGAGAAUUCCUCUGUGGAUAGUUUUUUUGGUUGAUAAUGUCGAAAAUAAAUGUUAACUAUAUGACUUGGGAAAAUUGGGCCUUUACUUGUUUUCAUCAGUUUACUGCAAAAUUUGGACAAUCAGUGCAGCAACUAUGAUGUUUUCUUGCAGGGGCAAUUGACAUUCUUUUUAAUUUACAUCUUUUUUGGAAUUUGUGGUAA